UUCUUUUUUAUCCUUUUUCUGCAUGCCCCGUUUCGAUGCGACUUUGGCACUAACUUUAACGUUACGUGAUCUUUUAGGUACUGCAUGCAGGUGGUUUAUGUAAAUUGUUGAGGCUCUAAAGUGCAGGCUUUGGUCUUUCGCGAGACUAAUACCUAUCUAUGGUUUCGAACUUUUUACUUUAUUUUCCCUUUCCCUCGCGUGCGGGAGGGGGAAGAGGAAAUCUUAGCCACCUAUGCAGCUAUGGUGGCCAUUGGUCGUGAAAAGGGGGUCGGACUUAGGCGGCCAAGUCUAAUGUCAUAUCUCCGACUGGAUAGCUGACACAUCUCGUAUCUGCCGGGCCUAGGGCUGAAAAUGUGCUUUUAUUCCAGCCUCUAGCUUUUUGAUUUAUAUCGUACUAUGGAUUCGCAUCGUCUUUUGAAUGGCUGAAAGAAAAGGGUGGCAAUACCUAUAACUCCAACGAGACAUCGAAGGGCCAAGAUAACAAUGGAGUCCACGAAGCCUCGGAAACGCCACUGUUGGGAAUGUCGCCGACGAUAUCUGGUCUGUGAUUCUACAGAACCCACAUGUAAAAGGUGCUUUACAUCUGGCAUUGAAUGUCCUGGGUAUAGUGAUGUGAAGCCCACCCACUACAAAUGGCUCGCACCCGGUAGGGUUACAUCUCGGGGUCGAAGACGAGAUAAACCUCGGAGUGAUGCGACAGACAAGACGAAUACGAAAAUAACGAUAAAGCCUAUCAAAGAAGCGCGCUGCGCGACCGUAGAGACUCUACUGGUGAUCCCACGACUUGAGAUGAGAACUGAAGCCUGUGCGUUAGCUCAAGCUGCAGAGUACUACAACUCUUGCAUAUACCGUGACCUGGUCCCAGUCUCGGAACUUGGACCAACGCCGUGUAUAUAUCCACUUUCGGCCGCAGUGCUUCGGGUGGUGCCCGAAGCCCCUGACUAUCUGCUAUAUGGCAUGCUCUGUAUGACGCUGAGCCAUCGGAUCAACCAGACGAGGAACGACCCUCAGAUCAGGACGCUGUUUGAGAGGUUCUAUCAGUAUUGGGGUUUCGCUCUUCACUCGCUCAGUCGACAUCUCGAUAUAGAAGAUGGGCGGAAGGGUGAUAUGGCUAUUGCCGGAAUAUUGACACUGAUGCUUACCGAUAUUCAACAGGGCACCUCGCUCAACUGGCGAUAUCAUUUAGAGGGAAUCCAUAAACUGAUUGCUCUGCGUGGCGGCUUCCAUGUCGUAGCCAGCCGAAAAAGCCUAGCACCGCUGCUACUUUGCCACUGGUUCAUUUCCGUGAUCGGAAACACAACUUGUCCAGCUUCCGACCUCUCCACGACCGGCUCGGAACUCGACGCGCUGGAUCUCUUGCUAAAGCGAUAUGGCGAUGCCGUCGCUACAUUUCAGAUGUGCCCCUUACCCCUGGUCGUGGAGAUCGUCAAUAUAAACCACCUUCGGGCAAGAGCGAAUAUAACUGGGAGUUAUGGCACCGCCGCUGGAACCAAGGACCAUUGGCACCACGAGGCCUACGAAAUACUAGAGCGUGUUUCUACCUUCCCACCUGAACAAUGGGCCGACUCUAAGCUCUCGUCUAGAGAAGACUGGUUGGCUAUAGGUAACGCGUAUAAGGCCGCUGUAGCGUUAUACUGCGUCUUGUCGCUCCAAAGCUCGUCUAUUCUUCCAAUCACCCCAGACUUAAGAGCCGCGUGCACGAUACACGGCCAGCUGCUGCAAGUGUUCCUGGAAAAGGGGCUAUCAUCUCCCAAGACCAAACGAUCUAUGAUUUGGCCGCUCGUCUUACUCGGUGUAGAAGCUGUCCAUGGCGAUGCGGCAACGCGAGCAUUCGUCGCGAGGCAGCUGCCAGAGCUGAGCCGUGACGUCGGCACUUGUGUGCCGCUCACGGCAAAGCGGGUGCUGGAGAGGUUUUGGGCUUCGGGGGAGACAUCUUGGGAUGAUUGCUUCGACCGGCCUUAUGCUUUUAUGUCGCAAAUUGCUGUUGACACUAGCCGGUUAUACUCUGUACAUCCUGCUGACGUACAAUAGGCUAAGGGGAGAGUUAUUUUAAACGCCAUACUAUGAACCUGGGCUACUUACUAACCUCGGUACCUACCUCCAUUUACAGCUUGAGAAGAACAAUGCACAGAAUCAACGAAAAUA